AUGGCUCCUGCCGAGCCAGAAGAGGAGCCUCUGCCAGCUGAGAUCCUCGAAGCUUCCAUCGACGAGAUCCAGACCCGCACACGUCUACUCGAAAAUGACGUCAAAGUCAUGCGAUCUGAACACAUGCGUCUCAUGCACGAGCAAUCGUCCAAACGCGACAUGAUCAAAGACAACUCGGACAAGAUCAAGCAGAAUAAGAUGCUGCCAUACCUCGUAGGAAACGUUGUUGAGAUUCUCGACAUUGAUCCAGAUAUCGACGAGGACUCGGAAGAGGGAGCCAAUGUCGACUUGGACGCAAGGAGGAAGGGCAAGUGCGCUGUUAUCAAGACAAGUACACGACAGACCAUCUUCCUGCCUCUCAUUGGUCUUGUUCCCGCAGAAGAGCUCCGACCAGGUGACUUGAUCGGCGUCAACAAGGACAGCUACCUUGUUCUCGACAAGCUUCCAGCCGAAUACGACUCGCGAGUCAAGGCCAUGGAAGUCGACGAGCGUCCUACCGAGACAUACACCGACAUUGGUGGUCUUGACAAGCAGAUCGAAGAGCUUGUUGAAGCCAUCGUAUUGCCCAUGCAGCAAGAGCAAAAGUUCAAGAACCUCGGUAUCCGACCACCCAAGGGUGCGCUCAUGUACGGUCCUCCCGGUACCGGUAAAACUCUGCUCGCACGUGCCUGUGCAGCUCAAACCAACGCCUGCUACCUCAAACUUGCCGGUCCAUCCCUCGUUCAGAUGUUCAUCGGUGACGGAGCCAAACUCGUCCGAGACGCCUUCGAGUUGGCCAAGGAAAAGGCACCUGCUAUCAUCUUCAUCGACGAACUCGACGCGAUAGGAACCAAGCGUUUCGACUCAGACAAGUCUGGUGAUCGUGAAGUGCAACGAACCAUGUUGGAGCUCCUCAACCAGCUCGACGGUUUCUCUUCGGAUGAGAGGAUCAAGGUUAUUGCUGCUACCAACCGAAUCGACAUUUUGGAUCCUGCGCUGUUGAGGUCAGGUCGAUUGGAUAGGAAGAUUGAGUUCCCCCUACCUAACGAAGAGGCUAGAGCGAGGAUCAUGGAAAUUCACUCGAGAAAGAUGGCGGUAGGACCUAAUGUCAACUUUGAAGAGUUGGCCAGGUCGACAGAUGAGAUGAACGGUGCUCAGCUCAAAGCCGUUUGUGUUGAGGCUGGUAUGAUUGCACUCAGGGAAGGUGCGACGGUGUUGGAUCACGAACACUUCCAUGGUGGUAUUCAGGAAGUGCAGGCUAAGAAGAAGAACGACCAGUUCUACUUCUCGUAG